GGAUGACCAUGUGUGAUGCGAUGGCCUUAACUGGAUUGUCUAAGGAAAAAGGCUCGGAUGCCACCCCACAAACUGUCUUAACUCUAGUGAGAGAUUGGAUCCUCGAGGGCUUAGAUCAUCAAUUCCCUCUUUUUCUACUGAGUUUUCUUUCUUUUCUAGUUUUUUUCGUUUCCCUUAGAUUUAGGGUUUAGUUCCUCUAGAUCUCUUUCAGGUUUUUGUGUCUUCUUUUUUUGCUUGCUGCUUUUCUCUUUCCUUGAUAUAAUGUGUUCUUUUUUGUUUCACUGGUGUCUUUUUCAUUUUCUUCGCUCAUUCUGUGAGGUCGGGACCUCUCUAUUUUUUUGUAGAUCUCUUGUCAAUUCCUUUUCAUUUUGGGGUUUGUUUUUGGAUGAAAUAGUUUUGAAGUUGGUGUCUGAUGUCAUACCGAGGGCUUGUUGGAAUGGAUAGAGGCUGGUUGAGGUGGAUAGGGGUCCUUGUCAAAUGGGGUGUAUGUCAUAGGUGGUGCCAUGGUGGGGGUUGAGAUAGGAGACACGAGAAGAGGGAGAGAGAGUUUUGGCAGAGAGUGGAGGUAGUCGCUGAGGGGGGUGAUUAUCGAUGGGGAGAUGGUUGAAAUGGGGAAGGAGAGACAAGAGGAGGAGAGAUUGUGUAGAUAGAGAGAGAGGAGGGGCUCUGUCAUAGGAGGUAUCUUUGCAAAAGAAAAGAGUUUUUGUAGAGAGAGUUAGAGAUGUAGUAGAUCUGUGGGUAUUUUUAUGGCAAUAGGGUUUGAGGAUAUGCUAAACUAUUUUGCCAUUUUGGUCGACAAAGGGUCACCUUUUAGUAUUUUGAAAGUUGUGAUGUUAUCAUAAUGCUUUGAAUAACAUCUUUUCAUAUUCCCUUGAUCCUUAUAACUAAUGCCUCGUUGAUUAGAAGUGCAUAUGACUUCUUGUUGCCAUUUACCAUAUUACUCUUCUUAUAGUGGCUUUGGUAGGUCAAAUUCAUGUUACUCCUUCAUAUAAUUUUUAUCACUGCGUGCGAUUAUGCUGUUUCACCAAGAAUUCUCUUGUCCUCGGCAUGUGCUAUGUUUGCACUAACCAAUUCUUGCGUAUGCAGUUUGUUUCCUUGUUUUUGCUCUUAUCUACUGCAAUUGUAAUAUUCCCAGUUUGCUACAUAAAUUUAUGGAAAUGUUGUUUCUCCCAUUUGCCAAUAGUUUGUAAGACAUGGCUAAUCUCAUAGCCAUCUGACAAAAUUUAUGUUCAGUAGGUAGGGCAAGAAAGAACAUUCCUGAGAUUUAUUCUGUGAAUAACAUUUCCUUCAAUCUGUUGUAUCCCAUAUAGUGAAAUCUGCAGUCUUGGGUAUCAUCCAACUGUCAAGGUAAUUCGUAAAGCAUCUUAGAGAUACUGUAGGACCCACCUACUAUUUCGUAUUUCAAUUGUUCAGAUCUCAAUCUUGUUUGACCGACUACAUCAUAGUGAACGAUUGAUUUGCUUUAUUUAUUUGGCAACAAUGACAGAAUUCUUCAACUACACAAUUUGCACACAGCUGUUGAAAAUGUUCUUGGCAAUAAUCUUUUUCCACAUUUCUGAGUACAUUCUGGCAAUUGCCAUCCACGGUAGAUCAAACGUAAGUUGUAGGUCUCUUUUGAUUAGCGAAAACUAUCUUCUGGCAAUGAUUUGUUCACUGCUAGAGUACUUUCUUGAAGUUUACUUUUUCUCUGGGUUGAAAGAACAGUACUGGUGGAUUAGCAACUUUGGACUCGUAAUGGUUGUUAUUGGGGAAAUCAUACGGAAGACGGCAAUUUUAACAGCUGGACAGGCCUUCACUCAUCUCAUUAAGACGUACCACGAUGAGGAGCAUCACAAAUUGGUUACUCACGGUGUCUAUAGAUUUGUUCGUCAUCCGGGAUAUUGUGGGUUUUUCAUUUGGUCAAUAGGCACUCAGAUAAUGCUCUGCAACCCAAUAUCAACAAUUGCAUUUGCCAUUAUUGUUUGGAACUUCUUUGCAAAACGGAUACCAUAUGAGGAGUAUUUCUUGAGGCGAUUUUUUGGGUCAGAAUAUGAUGAAUAUGCCUCUCAGGUUCCUUCUGGGAUUCCAUUUGUGGAGUAGUAAGAAUCUAUGAAAUUUUUAGAAUGCGUCAUCAAGAAAGCACUAAGGCUCUUUGUCAAAGCUGAUUCAAUUCAUGGGCUGGAUGGACUGGAUUACUCUUGAAGAACCAAACAUUUUAGAUGGUUUGGUUACUUGUUAUGUUCCUGUUGGAGAUCUCAUUCGAAAUCAAUCAGUCUUCUUGUGAUAUACUGAAAUCAGUAUGUGUACCUUCCAUAGAUCUAACUGUUGAGUCUUGAUCCCAAGCCAUUACACACAAAGUUGUAAGAUUUGCAAUCAUCACUAGUAAUAUUUAUGCGUUAUUGUCGCAUAACUUUUUCGUUGACAUGAAAUAAUGGAUGCCCUUUCUUAUCGGCCUUUGUUUCUUUGUAUAUUACUGGGCUCUAUAUGUUUAAGCAGAAAGUAGAAAUGUUCUUCAUUCAUGCUGCUGGAUGACAUAUUAUUGUCUUUGGAUUAUCACAAUAAAUGGUUACAUUGUAUUC